AUGGAUCCGGUCUUGCUCGAGGAUUGUUUCGGGCGCUAUUCGUCGGACUCGACUUGCCCAUCGCGCGGUGUUUUCUCCUUUGCUCCAUUAGUGAUUCUCUGGAUUACUCUACCAUUUCAAUGUUACCAACUCUCGACUCGACAACGGAAAAAACGCAUCCGCACCGGUUGGCUGCACAAUGCUAGAUUGCUCGGUUUCCUUGUGCUUUUCGUCUCGGAGGCUUUCGUUUUGUUCUGGUCGACGAUCCAACAAAUUUCCGUGAUUCGAUUGGCGUUGGCUGGUUUUAACGUCGCGUCAUACACUCUCUCCCUCAACCUUUACCUUCAAUUUCAUCAACGCGGCUUCGUCUACAAUCUCUCUUUAUGUCUAACAUUCGGUCUUCUUUCUACUACACAAAUCAUUGAUUUCAUCGUUUUGCUUUUCGAGCGUCCACUUUAUGAGCAAAACUUUCCCAUACAAGCAUUGGCUGUGAUGGCGGAAACGGCACUCCUCACCGCGUCCGAUCGAUCCAAUAAGCACAAGGAUGAUUUGAAAACCUCUCCUGAAGAGCAUGCUGGUUUCUUGUCAAAGCUCUUUAUGCAAUGGGUUACACCAUUAGUGAGUACUGGAUCUCGAAAAGCCCUUGAAACUGAUGAUCUUUACCCGUUGCACAGUGAGACAAAAUGUGAGCGUUUAAUGCCAAAAUGGGAGGAGAAUUGGCAUCGACGGCAAUACGAAUGCGCUCAAAUCGGCAAAGAGCCUUCAAUAGCUUGGGCUCUCUUCUCAAUGUAUCGCACGAAAUGGUUAUGUAUGAUGUCAUUAAGAGCCAUUGCUGAUUUUCUCAACUUUAUGAAUCCAAUUUUGCUCAAAUAUCUUCUCGAUUUCAUCGCUGAUCCAAGCGCGCCAUUCUCUUUGGGAAUCGGCAUCGCGCUUUGUAUGUUCAUGAUGGCCGAGAUUCGAUCACUUUUGAUGAAUAAGUUCAUCUACUCAGUCACCGUCUAUGCAGUAAAACUUCAAAAUAUGCUCAUAAAUUGCGUUUUUCGAAAGACUCUUCGUUUAUCCCCAAUGGCAAGAAGCUCACGAACAGUUGGUGAAAUUGUGAACUUUAUGGCGAUCGAUGUGGAGAAGUUGAUUCAAGUCCUGCCAUUUAUACAUAAUAUUUGGUCAACACUGCUACAAAUCACAAUCGCAAUGGUGUUCCUCUGCUUUGUGCUUGGUCCACCAGCAAUUGGUGGAAUUUGCAUUAUGCUAAUGUUUUUCCCGAUCAAUUACUACAGUUCUCGCUAUCAAAAACGCUGUCAAAUCGCUCAAAUGAAAGUGAAAGAUACACGGGUGAAAAUGUGCAAUGAGGUGCUUUCUGGGAUUAAAUUGAUCAAAUUAUACGCCUGGGAGGAAGCAUUUGAAGAAAAAAUCAAUAAAAUGAGAGAAGAUGAGGUGUAUCAACUUCGAAAAGCGGCACUUGUCGGUCGAGCGGUUGACGCGGCGAAUGCUGCUGCGCCUUUCUUGGUAGCUGUGGUCUCUUUUGGAACUUAUGUCUUAUGGUCAGAAGAAAACAUUCUCACUCCACAAAAAGCUUUCGUUUCAUUGGCGAUCUUCAAUCAAAUUCGACAACCGAUGAGAAUUAUGGCUCAAUUCAUCAAUAACCUUGUACAGGCUUCCGUCUCUGAAAAACGUCUCAAACGUUUCUUAAAUGCUGACGAGAUUUGCAAGCAGAAAUGGGAAAGUGCCGACCCGGAAUACUCGAUUCAAAUGAAAGAUGUAACAAUGAAUUGGCGUGGUCCUACUUACCCGAUUGAUCUAUCAUCGAUCUCUUUUGAUGUACAAAUGGCUACUCUAACAACGAUUGUUGGAACAGUUGGCAGCGGGAAGAGCAGCCUUUUAGCGGCGAUUCUUGGCGAAAUGAACCUCCUUGAUGGAACUGUCCGUUUGACUGGUCGAAUCGGCUACGUUCCGCAGCAACCCUGGCUCCAGAAUGUCUCUAUGCGUGAAAAUAUUAUCUAUGGCCGAAAAUUCGACAAAUUUCUCUAUAAAAAGAUAGUUGACGCUUGCGAACUUCAGCCGGAUUUCUCCAUUUUCCCCCAAGGGGAUUUGACUGAAGUUGGCGAAAAUGGUGUCACUCUCUCUGGCGGACAAAAGGCUCGACUCGGCUUGGCUCGGGCUUUGUAUCAGGAAGCCGACGUUUACUUACUUGACGAUGUUCUUUCGGCAGUUGACGCUCACGUUGGUGCGCAUGUCUUUGAAAAAGUGAUUAGUAAUCGUGGUUUACUUGCUGGAAAGACUCGAAUCUUGGUCACGCACGGAUUACAAUACACCCAGGAAGCUGACAACAUUGUCGUGAUGAAGGAUGGUCGAAUCAUCGAGCAAGGCGCUUUCAACGAGUUGCGUGUUCAAAAUGGUCAAUUCAAUGAGCUUUUACAAGAGUACAAUAAAGCGCAAAAGGAGUUAGAAGAUGAGGAAAAGACCGAGAGUGAAACUGAUCCAGAAGACGGAAAUCCGGCAAUGCUGUCAGCAAAACGGAGAACCCGUUUGAGUUCAUCGAUGUCAGAGAAAAGCUCAAAACGAAUCGCUUUUGUUGAACCGAAAAUGAACAAACCGGAAAAAGUGGCCACUGGAAGAGUACACAUCUCUGUCUACGGAUCGUUCAUGAAAGCGGCGACACUCAAAUUCUCGAUCUCAUUCUUCGCUUUCCUCCUUUUGCACUAUUGUUUCUUGGCGUCAAGGAGCGUUUGGUUGUCACAGUGGUCCGACUCAGCAGCAUCAGCACCGAAAAACGCGAGUCAAACGGUCUUCAAUCGUUUAAGUGUUUACACGCUUUUAGGAGUGCUAGAGGUAAUCGCUAUCAUCUUGGCCCUAACUUUCCUCGUGUUGUCGAUGCAAGCCGCCUCUUUACGCCUGCAUCGGCCUCUUUUAAAUAGCAUUUUGAGAUCGCCAAUGCAAUUCUUUGACACGACACCGAUUGGCCGUAUUUUGACGAGAUUAAGUCGGGACUUGGAAGUGGUCGACUCGCAAUUACCACAAAAUUUGCGUCAAUUCGUUCAGUGCUCGAUGCAAGUUCUCAUGAUCUUGUGUAUGAUCUCCUACUCGACUCCGCUCUUUGUACUCACAAUUAUCCCGCUUUUCUUCAUUUAUUUCUUGAUUUUGAGAUACUUUAUCCCCAACCGCUCGCCAAUUGAAGCGAUUAGAAAUAUCGUCGGAGCGACUUCGAUUCGAGCCUAUGGAAAAGUCGAAGACACAUGCAAUUCUUUUGGCUACUUUGUCGACAAUUUCAUUCAGUGUCGACAUUUGACAUUGGCAACGAAUAGAUGGCUGGGAAUACGUCUCGAAUUGUUGGGCAAUACGACGGUGCUGAUGGCGGCAUUGAUGGCGGUUUUAUCCACUCGUUUCACUGAGAUCACCCCGGGUCUUGUCGGUCUCUCCGUUUCAUUUGCGUUGAGUAUCACUGAACAACUUAAUUUGGCUGUACGAAUGCUGUCGGAUUUGGAGACGAAUAUCGUCUCAGUUGAGCGAAUAAAGGAGUACACUGGAAUGGAUGAAGAGAUGGAAUGGUACUCGGAUUGUCCACCGGAUGUGGAAUGGCCAAGUAAAGGACGGAUCACUUGGGGAGAUUACUCAACGAAAUAUCGAGAAAACCUGCCGCUUGUCGUGAAGAAUCUCUCGGCUACGAUCGCCCCUGGAGAGAAAGUGGCCGUUGUGGGAAGAACUGGAUCGGGAAAAUCCAGUCUAACUCUUGGUUUAUUCCGUUUGGUUGAGCCGACUGAUGGGAGAAUCACAAUCGACAACAUCGACAUUUACAACAUUGGAUUGCAUGACUUGAGAGCCAAGCUGACAAUCAUUCCACAAGAACCAGUUCUCUUCUCUGGCCCGCUCCGCUUCAAUCUUGAUCCAUUCGGGAAAUAUUCGGAUGCUGACUUGUGGUCAGCGCUUGAAUCUUGCCAAUUAAAAGAAUUCGUUGAACGACAAACGGAGACUCUUGACUAUUUGAUUGCGGAAGGUGGAAAGAAUAUGAGUGUCGGUCAACGCCAACUCGUUUGUUUGGGAAGAGCAAUUUUGCGAAAGGGGAAAAUCGUAAUAUUGGAUGAAGCUACAGCAGCUGUUGAUGUUGCGACUGAUGCUCUAGUUCAAAAAGUGAUCCGCGAGAAAUUCGCCGACUCUACGGUCAUCGCCAUCGCUCAUCGGCUGAAUACGGUGGCUGGGUAUGAUCGAAUAAUGGUGCUUGAGAAAGGCGAGCUGGCCGAGUUCGACACCCCGCAACGACUUUUGGCUGACAAAAGCUCUCGAUAUUCUCGAAUGAUCGAGAAAUCAAAGCAUCAC